AUUUUUCUUUCUCAGCCAAUAAAAAAAAAAAGGCUGUGGAAGACAGAGGAUGAAGAGAUACUCGUACCAUCUAAAAAACAAAUACUGAAUUGGAACGUCCCCUCUAAAACGAACUCUUCAGAAUACAAUGUCCUCUGCUUUUGAAUCAUUUGUAGUUGUGCAUCAAUAUCAAUUAAGCACUAUUCCUAAGGAAUUAUGGGAGACUCUAUUUAUGAAGCUGGGCGAAGACUAUCUUGAUGCGGGAAAUUUUGUUGAACUUCAUCAAGGUGAUCGUGUUGAAGGAUACUCUCUUCACGUCAAAGCAGACCAAUGUUUGAAAAAACAUAGUGAUGUUUUCCUUAUUGAUCACGCUUGGACGACUUCACCCGAGACAGCAAAAGAAGAAUUACGUGCGAAUGCAAAUCUAUUAAACCGUUUGGAAAACUUGAUGGACAUCGUUGUCGAGGAUGCACCCGCGGAUUCCGAUGACAAGAAUGACGAAGAUAUAAAACCUGAUUCAGAUCUUAUUGAUUUAGUUGCUGAACAGGCCAAUGUCAGCAAAAAGGAAGCUGAGCUUGCAUUGAUUGCCGAAAACAAUGAAAUUAUCAACGCUAUCACGCGCUUAACUAUUGACCCUGAUGUUAAAGCAGAAGCGGAUAGGUUGCAAGAACAAGUGAUGGGUCAAAUGCUCGCUAGCGGGAGACCUCAAGAAAAAGAGGAGAAAGAGAACAAAGAAAGAUUAGAACGAAGAGAAAAAAGAGAGAAAGAAUGGGUUGAACGUCGAAUUGAAGCUGUAUAUAGCAAGAUGUGGUCUUUUAUUCAAACAUACACCUAUAGUGUCCUUCAACAAGAUGGUCAACUAGCACCUCAAACAGCUUGGUAUGUGAAUGAUGAGGUUGGCUCGGCUAUUUGUCAUUCAGAAGAUCCCAACGUUGUUUGCGUACCAUUUAUCUUUUCAAGAGGUGCGAGCGGUAUGAUUCCUUACAGUGUCUUUUUCCCUAUCAAGGAUAUUGAAGGAGGCGAAAUUAUCACUUGUGAUCUUCUACCCAAAACGCUCGAUCGGGAAAUCGACAAGGUUGCCUAUUUAUACGCUAUCAAAGAAAGACUGUUGUCUCCAAGCAUAAUUGAGGAAAAGAGAAAAGAUCUUAUCCAGCAUUUCGAGACGGAGCAAGCAAGAUUAACCGAGCAGACGUUGUCUUCAAAGUCUUCAAAAUCUUCAGAAAUAACUUCUACUGAGAAAGUACUGGAAUUAUUGAAGAAAAAUUCUGGGAGUGAAAAAUCCACGCCUAUACAUGUAUACACAGAUACACCAUUUAUUCAACAGUUCCUAAAGCUAGAGAAUGUUGUAUUCACGAACGACCAAAGUAAAGCUGAUAUUAUUUGGAGUAGCAGUGACUUUAAAGAUUGGGACGCUGUCAAACCUCAUCAAAUUGUGAACCAAAUUCCCAAUGAACAGUGUAUUACGUUUAAGCAAAACUUGGCUGAAUUGAUCUGCAAAACCUACGGUUCCCCCUCUUGGUUCCCCCGAACUUACAACUUAAUGACACAACUGGCAGAAUUUGUUGGCGAUUAUCUUAAUUGUGAUAAAACCAGCUCAGAAAAUAAUCUAUGGAUCACUAAACCUUGGAAUAUGGCCAGAAGUCUGGGCCUUGAUGUCACUAGGAAUUUAGCACAAAUCAUACGCCAACGUGAUGGAUCAGUGCCUAAAAUUGUUCAGCGUUAUAUCACAAAUCCUUGUUUAUACAAUGGCAAGAAGUUUGAUCUUCGUUAUAUUGUAUUAGUUCGACGUACAGAGCCUGAACUUGUUGCAUGUGUUUAUAAUAUGUUUUGGACACGUUUAGCCAACAAAAAGUUCAGCUUGGAUGAUUUAAACGACUAUGAGCGUCAUUUUACGGUGAUGAAUUAUUCCAAUUAUCAAAUGACGCAGCUUGAUCACAAGAGUUUUAUCUUCAACUUGGAGAAGCAGCACGGUCUGAAAUGGGAUAAGAUUCAAAAAGAUAUUAAUGCUGCCAUAAAAGAUAUCCUAGUUGCAGCUACCAGUACCGAGCAACCUUUAGGCUUAGCUGGAGAAAAUGCUAAAUCAAGCAAUACUUUCAGUUUAUAUGGCUUUGAUGUCAUGCUAACGGAUGAUUUCAAACCAGUCAUCCUCGAAGUUAAUUUCUCGCCCGACUGUACGAGAGCUUGCCAGGUAAAAAUUUCAGUUACUGUGGACAUGAGUGCAUCAUUUUAACUUCUUUUAAAUUUUAAAUCAUUGCUGCCCUGAAUUAGUACGAUCCUGAAUUUGUGAACAACAUUUUUAGUCUUAUUGAUUGCAAGCUGGGUGAUAUCAACAAAAGUUUAGAUGCUUUCACAAUUUUGUAGAACGGGAGUUUUAUUCAUAGAGACAGAGGCUGUUUUGUGCAAAAUAAAAGAAUGACA